AAAUCUCCGAUGAAAAAAAGGAAAAAGGGCAUAAAAGGAAAGUAUCGACGAUAUUCCGCUGCCGCACGCGAGAAUCACGUGACGUUGAUCCUUGAAAUUGACAGAGCACUGGCGUUUGUGUCAUCAAACCCUAAAAGAAGAAAUCGAAAUCACCAGAAAAAAUGGGAGUGGAGAAGGAAGUCAUCAGAGCUGGAAAUGGCCCCAAACCACAGCCUGGUCAAACUGUCACCGUCCACUGCACUGGUUACGGGAAAGAUAGAGACCUGAGUCAAAAAUUCUGGAGCACUAAGGAUCCAGGCCAGCAGCCUUUCUCUUUCAAGAUCGGCCAAGGCAAAGUUAUCAAAGGAUGGGAUGAAGGAGUACUGGGCAUGCAAUUGGGAGAAGUUGCUCGAUUAACGUGCACCCCUGAUUAUGCUUAUGGUGCUGGUGGAUUUCCAGCAUGGGGGAUUCAACCCAACUCAGUUUUGGUUUUUGAGAUUGAAGUCCUUGGUGCACAAUGAGCAUUUCCUUAACAUUUGAGCAGUUCUGAUGGAGCUGUUCUACUCUAUGCAGUAGUCAGUUUGGUGAUACUUACUAAGACGGCUUGGGGGUAUCAGAACUGCUCAUGUACUCUUUGCUUUUAUGCAGCUUGUUGAAACAGAUUAAGGCAAUAAUAAAUGCUUUCUAGCUUUUCUCUGGAUAA